AUGCCGCCGUCUCAAUUAAAGCGGCUGAAAGCCUCGUUGCGUGAACAAGGCAUUACCGGCCCACAACAGUCGAAGAAACAGAAGAAGUCUCAAUCCAAGAACGCCGACCACCACGCACGAAAAGCAUCUGCGCUGCAAUCAAUCCGCGAGUCGUUUAAUCCCUUCGAGUUCAAGCACCUUGCGCGCCCUCACAAGCAUGAAUACGUCUCUGCACAGGCUGAAAAUGCGCCAAAGAAGAUUCUCGGUCGGCCUGGCGUCACAAAGAGCCAGGGCGAGGAGGCAAGGCGCAAGUCGCUGUUGCCGGAGAUGCAUCGCAAGAACAAGGUUGGAGGAAUCUUGGAUAGGCGGAUAGGCGAGGCGGAUCCGACGAUGAGUGUCGAGGACCGCAUGAUGGCCCGGUUUGAACAGGAGCAGUCGCGCAAGAGGAGUGGCAAUGUGUUUGAUCUCGAGGAUGACGCUGAUGAGGUGGAGCUUACGCACGGUGGGCAGUCUCUGCGAUUCGACGAUGAGAUUGGAGAGGAGGAUUACGACGCGGCGAGUGUGGCGGGGUCGAGCGACGACGAAGAUGGCUUCAUGAAGAAGAAGAGGAGGAUAGAUGAGGUGGAUGGUGAGGCGCCUGCUACAGAGGAACAACCAGAGCGCAAGAAGAGCAAGCAGGAGGUCAUGAAGGAGGUUAUUGCAAAGUCGAAGCAGUACAAGUACGAGCGUCAGGCACAGAAAGAGGACGACGACGAGAUGCGAGAUGCACUCGACAAGGAUCUCGGUGAUGUGCUUGCUGCGCUGCGUGGACAUAUCAAUAAGAAGCCCGAGCCGGACGCGCCGAAAGAGUCACAGCGGAACGAUUUCGGGAUGAAUGCCGACCGUGCUGCGCUUCUUGCUGGGACUACACAGCAGGACAAGGAUAGGGAAUACGAUUCGCGCGUGCGCCAGUUACUCCUGGACCAGCGAGCGAAGCCGACGGAGCGGACAAAGACGGAAGAAGAAAAGGCUAGGGAAGAGGCUGGUCGCUUGAAGGAACUUGAGCAGAAGCGCAUGAAGAGGAUGCGUGGAGAAUCUGUCAGCGAUGAUGAAGAGCCGCAGAAGAAGGGUAAGGAAGCAGAUAAGGAGGAAGAUGACAUGGACAGCCUUCCAGACGAUGCUGCCGAGUUCGGCUUGAAAGCACCAGGACAACUCAGGCCGGAAGGUGUCGAGGAUGAGGACGACUUCAUCAUGGACGACGACCUCGUUGCUACCGACUCGGAGGCGGAAAUGUCGGAUGAUGAGUCUGAGGCUGGCUCUGCGAUUGACGACACCAUGGCCAUGGAUGAAGAGGAUGCCGACUUUCUAAAGGACGUCAUGCCCGAGCGCAAAGAGCAGCCCAAGGCUGUCAACGGUGUGCUGACGCUCGGUGCUGAGACAACGUCGAAGCUGGCAUAUACAUAUGAAUGUCCUCGGUCUCACGAAGAGCUGUUGAAGGUGUUCAAGAAUGUGGCACCCAACGACACCUCUACAGUCAUUCAGAGAAUACGCGCACUCUACCACGCUGGACUCCGCGCAGACAACAAGAACAAGCUUGCGGAUUUCGUAUGUGCCCUCAUCGACCACGUCUCGUAUCUUUCGAAUCAGACACCAGCAGCUCCACUAGCAGUCAUCGAGGCCAUCAUCCGACACAUUCACUCCAUGGCGCGUUCAUACCCCGUUCAGAUAGCUACAAAGUUCCGCGAGCAUCUCAAGAACCUCCAAGUCUCCAACAUCCCCACGCCAGGCGACCUAGCCCUGCUCUCAGCCAUCGGAUCCAUCUUCCCCACGUCCGACCACUUCCACCAAGUCGUGACACCAGCCAUCACACUCAUGGCCCGCUGGAUGGGACUCACCUCGCCCGCCUCGACCCAAGACGUCGCAACCGGCGCCUUCAUCGGCGCCCUCUGUCUCCAAUACCAACGCCUCUCCAAACGCUACGUCCCAGAGUUAAUCCGCUACACAACCCUCUGCCUGCUCUCCCCCCACGCCACACCCACCCUACUCGCCGCACACGCCAAAAACGUCCUCACAGCCGCCUCAACCUACGAAACCUCACCCUCCUUCAUCGAAAUCUUCACCCCCCUCCUCCCCCCCCUAAAAUCAUCCAAACAAACCCCCGUGCACCAAAACCUCUCCGCCCGCCUCGCCCUCGCCCGCUCCCGCCGUCGUCCCUUGUUGUUACACACGCACCGCGCCCUCCCCAUCAAAACAAGCAUCCCCAAGUUCGAAGAGAGCUUCGAUCCCAACCGGCACUACGACCCGGACAAGGAGCGUGCGGAGGCGAAGCGGCUGCAGAAGGAUUAUAAGAGGGAGAGGAAAGGAGCGAUGCGCGAGUUACGCAAGGAUGCGCAUUUUAUUGCGAGGGAGAGUUUGCGCGAGAAGAAAGAGAAGGAUCGCGCGUAUGAGAACAAGUAUCGCAGGUUGGUGGCGGAGAUUCAGGGCGAGGAGGGGAGGGAGAGGAAUGGGUACGAGAGGGAGAAGAAAGCUAGGAAGGCGGGGCGGUAG